GUUUCAAAAUGCCGUUAUCCAGUUCGUCAACGGUUUCUGGGGUUCCCAUUGCAGUCCCCUAUCUUCCACAGAAAAAGGGUCUUGACAUUAGAGACUUUCAGAUAAAACAGGAUGUGGGUUUUGGUGGAGAAAGAAUUGCCACAUAUAAGAAGUGUAGAAACCUUGAUUUCGUGACCAAUUCUGUUUCUGGGGAUAGUGGUUCUUCAGUUGGAUUUGAUGUGCCAUUUCCUAUUGAUUAUUCUGAACUUCUUGAACAAGCUAAAGAAGCAACUGAGUUGGCUUUGAAGGAUGAAAAGCAGUUAAUGGUCUGUUAGUUUCUUUUCUUUGCUUUUCCUAUAAAAAUGGAAGAGAUAUUAUACAUAUAUAAAGAGAUCUUUCAUGGUGUUUUUUACCCUCAAGCUUCUG